AUGACCAUCGUACAGGAUAUAGACAUUUUACAAAACACUUUCCAACGUGCAUUUUCCAUGCCAAACUCGCUGGAUAUGAUAUCCACAUCUCCUACUGAAAUAUUCAUGAAUAUUUUGCCACGCCGAUCUAGUGGCCUUGGAUUAUGCCGGUCUCAGCAUGCAUUGAAACCUUUCUCUCCCAGUGAUAUGAAAAUUCUGUUACUAGAGGAUAUAAAUAAGACUGCAAUUGAGCUUUUCGAAGAACAAGGUUACCGAGUGGAAAUUCGUAAAUCUGCACUUUCAGAAGCAAAACUGAUUGAAAAGAUUAAAGAUGUACAUGCUAUAGGUAUAAAUGCUAAGACAAAAUUAACAAAACGGGUUUUGAGACAUGCCAAGAAUUUAAUAGUCAUUGGCUGUUUUUGUAUAGGAACUGAUCAAGUUGAUUUGGAAUAUGCCACUAAAAGAGGGAUUGCUGUUUUUAACUCCCCAUUUACAAACUCAAGAUCAGUUGCCGAACUGGUUAUUGCUGAAAUAAUUUGUUUGGCCAGACAGAUGUGUGAUAGAUCCAUGGAGUUACAUAGAGGAAUUUGGGAUACAGGAUCUUCCAAAUGUUGGGAGGUGAGAGGCAAAACUCUUGGAAUUAUUGGAGAAGGUCAUAUUGGUUCUCAAGUAACAGUAUUGGCGGAGGCAUUGGGUAUGAAUGUUAUAUUUUAUGAUAUUGUAACCAUUAUGGCAUUGGGAACGGCCAAACAAGUACCCACAUUAGAUGAGCUUCUGAGAAAAUCUGAUUUUAUUUCAGUUCAUGUUCCAGAAACCCCUGAUACAAGACGUCUGCUAUCUGCUCCACAAUUUGCUGCUAUGAAAACUGGUGCUUAUGUUAUCAAUACCUCAAGAGGCAGCACUAUUGAUACGCCUGCUUUAGUGAAUGCAUUAAAAGAAGGGAAAGUUGCAGGCGUAGCUUUAGAUGUUUACCCUAACGAACCUAAGAAGAACAAAAGAGAACGAUUUACAAGCGAUCAAAACUACUGGAUGUCUGAGUUAAUCACACUGCCGAAUGUUAUACUGACUCCUCAUAUAGGAGGAUACACAGAGGAAGCCCAAAAUUCCAUUGGGAUUGAAGUGGCAGCGGCUUUAUCAAAAUAUAUCUGUGAAGGAAAUUCAGUUGGAUCAGUUAAUUUCCCAGAAGUUAAGUUGAGAUCUUUUGAUCUGGAUCAAGAAGGGCUGCUCCGGAUAUUAUGCAUAUACGAAAACACACAUGAUGUUAUGCGGUCUGUGAACAACAUCCUCUCUGAUUAUAACAUUGAGAAGCAGUUCUCAGAUUGUAGUAAUGAUAUUGCAUAUUUAAUUACGGACAUUUCUGAUGUAAGUCAAAGUGAUAUUCAAAUAAUACAUGAUCAGUUAAAUGAAAUGGAAUCGAAAAUAUCUAUUAGAAUGCUGUAUUGA